UAAACAUGUCUGGUGGUAAAUCUGGUGGAAAGUCUGCUUCUGGCUCCAAGUCUCAAACUCGUUCAGCUAAGGCUGGUCUCCAAUUCCCAGUUGGUCGUAUCCACCGUCUCCUCCGUCGUGGUAACUAUGCCCAACGUGUCGGUGCUGGUGCUCCCGUCUACCUCGCUGCUGUCCUCGAAUACCUCGCUGCUGAAAUCCUCGAAUUGGCCGGUAACGCUGCCCGUGAUAACAAGAAGUCUCGUAUCAUCCCUCGUCACCUUCAACUUGCCAUCCGUAACGAUGAAGAAUUGAACAAGCUCCUUGGCCAUGUCACCAUUGCUCAAGGUGGUGUUCUUCCCAACAUCCACGCCUCUUUGUUGCCCAGUAAGACCAAGAAGGCUGGUGCUUCUCAAGAAGAGUAAACUGUUUUCUAAAUAACACUAUAUAAAAAGAUAUUACCCUGCAAACCUCUUUCGAUUAUUAUCAUUAUUCACCCUUACCAGUGCUAAUCAUUUAAUAGUGUUAUUCUUUCUCUUAAGAGAUGCAAACCUAUUAAACUAUCCCCAUUCUUUUUUAUUUAUUUAUAAACUCUUUUUGUACAAACAUCGAAUAAUUUAUCUGAUUUUUUUUUUUAAAAAAAUGUGUGUCUGCAUAAAUCAAUCAAUCUUAA